CUCCUCAUUCCUCUCCAACUCUUCGUCAGUGUGUCACAGACAGACCGUCUGAGCGCGCAAACACGCACACGCCCACCCCCUCUCCCCUCGCGCACGCCUACAAACGCACGGACACGCGCAGUUACGCACAAACACUUUUUGUCGGACCCGGGAGGAGAGGAGCGAAAGAGAGGAAGAGUGAGCUCCAACUUGUCUCUGUCUGGUUCUUGCGUCCACCAAUGCGCGGAUUUUAUCCUUCCUCCUGCAGACAGGACCGGGAAGCCACCAGCUGGACCAGACUGGAGUAUGUAAAGUGAUUCUGUUCGGCGAAGUGCAACAGAACCAGAACAGAAAGAGGAGGAGAGAUGGAUGAACGGAGUUAUUGUCGCUCUUUGCCGACAGCUUUUCUCUGCGUGGUACUUUUGGGAUUUACUGAAGGGCAGUUCUUCCCAGGCGGCUGCACGUUUGAGGAGUCUUACAGCAGCUGUGGGUACAGCGUGUCUUUAGGAACCAACGGAUUCACGUGGGAACAGGUCAACUCCUGGGAGAAACCCACCAUGGACCCCGCCCUUCCUACCGGCUCCUUUAUGGUCGUGAACGCAUCGGGCCGUGCGUCAGGACAGAAGGCUCACCUGUACAUGCCCACCCUGAAGGAGAACGACACCCACUGCAUCGACUUCCUGUACUCUCUGUCCAGUCGCGACGGGGCAAGCCCAGGAACUUUAAACGUCUACAUCAAGGUGAACGGAGGCGCUCAAGGUAACCCGGUGUGGAACGCCUCGGAUACCGUCACCGAAGGCUGGGUCAAGGCUGAACUCGCCAUUUCCACAUUCUGGCCCAACUCCUAUCAGGUAAUAUUCGAGGCGGUUUCGGUCCAAGGCCACCCUGGUUUCAUCGCCAUCGAUGACAUACGAGUUCUCGCUCAUCCUUGCCGUAAAGCUCCUCAUUUCCUGCGGCUGCAGAAUGUGGAGGUGAACGUGGGGCAGAAUGCCACGUUCCAGUGCACUGCUGGAGGGAAAUGGUCUCAGCACGAUAAACUCUGGCUGCAGCAGUGGAACGGUAAAGACACGGCGCUGAUGGUGACCAGGGUGGUCAACCACCGCCGCUUCUCUGCGACGGUGAGCGUCGGUGACACGUCGCAGCGCAGCACCAGCCGCUACCGCUGCGUCAUCCGAUCCGAUGGCGGAUCCGGAGUUUCCAACUACGCCGACUUGAUUGUUAAAGCCCCGCCCACUCCCAUCGCUCCCCCUGAGCUCCUCGCCGUCGGCGCCACCUACCUGUGGAUCAAGCCCAACGCCAACAGCAUCAUCGGAGAUGGGCCGAUCAUCCUGAAGGAGGUGGAGUACCGCACCACUACGGGAAACUGGGCUGAGACCCACGUGGUUGACGCUCCCACCUACAAGUUAUGGCAUCUGGACCCAGACGUGGAGUAUGAGAUCAAGGUUCUGCUGUCCAGACCGGGCGAAGGGGGGACCGGGCCGCCGGGGCCGCCGCUGAUAACCAGGACCAAAUGUGCAGAUCCCGUCCACGGACCCCAGAACGUCAACGUGGUGGACGUCCGCGCCCGCCAGCUGACCAUCCAGUGGGAAACGUUUGGAUACGCCGUGACGCGAUGCCACAGCUACAAUCUGACGGUUCAGUACCAGUACGUGUUCAAUCAGCAAGAGUUUGCAGCCGAGGAGCUGAUCCAGACGUCGUCUCAUUACACGCUGAGGGGACUGAGGCCCUUCGUCACGGUCAGGCUGCGCCUCGUUCUGGCCAACCCCGAGGGCAGCAAGGAGAGCGAGGAGAUCGUCAAACAGACGGAGGAGGACGUACCCGGGUCGGUGCCGAUGGAGUCGCUGCAGAAUACUCCAUAUGAAGAGAAGAUCUUCAUGCAGUGGAAAGCUCCCAAUGAGACCAACGGGGUCAUCACUCUGUACGAGAUCACAUACAAGGCCCUGAGCUCCCUGGACCCCAGUGCUGACCUGACGACCCAGAGGGGACGAGUGUUCAAGCUGAGGAACGAGACCCAUCAUCUGUUUGUCGGCCUUUACCCUGGAACCACCUACUUCUUCACCCUGAAGGCCUCCACCAACAAGGGCUUCGGUCCGCCCGUCACCACACGCAUUACCACAAAGAUCGCAGCUCCCAUGAUGCCAGAGUAUGAGUCAGAAACGGCUCUCAAUGAGACGGAGACGACCAUCACCAUCCUGCUGAAGCCCGCCCAGUCCAGAGGAGCACCAAUCAGCUCCUACCAGCUUGUUGUGAAGGAAGAGAGGAAGUCUAAAAGCCGGCGUGCCGCCUCUGAAGCUCCGGAGUGCUUUUCUGCCCCGUUCAGCUUCCGCAACGCCUCCAUCCUCAACUCUGCGUACUACAUGGCUGCUGAUCUCCCACCGUCCAGCCUCACGGUGGUUCAGCCAUUCACAGUGGGAGACAACAAGAGCUACGGCGGCUUCUGGAACCCUCCGCUGUCCCCGGCCAAGAGCUACAGCAUCUACUUCCAGGCUAUGAGCAGAGCCAAUGGGGAAACCAAAAUCAACUGCGUCCGUCUGGCUCGCAAAGUGGUAAUAGGUAGGGGACAAAUAACAACGCCGUACAUUCUAGUCAUCCCAAGCGAAGGUGCAUCCACCCAGGAUUCAGACGCCAUGGAGCCGGAGAAGCAGGUGGACAGCACGGUGAAAAUGGCUGGCAUGAUCGCAGGGAGUCUCAUGAUCAUCAUCAUCCUCCUCGGAGUCAUCCUGACCUUCAAGCGCAGAGAGAUUCACACAUGGAGAACUCUGAGCGUGGGGAAGUUGGCCAAAAAGCAGAAGGAAACUGCGAGCAGCUCCACCCAGCAGAGGGAGAUGGGUCCGGUCACCACGGCUGACAAGAGCACCACUAAAGUCAGCACCUUGCACAAAGACGACCCGUUCUCCACUUCCAGCCCAGACCUCAACGGCUUCACCUCCCCCUCCCCCUGCUCCUUCUCUGUGCAGGGAAGCAAAACGCUGCAGAGCAAAUCCCUGCUGAAUUCCUACUACUCAGUAUCCAAAGAGCCUGUUCCAGCUACAACUUCAAUAGAUGGAAGCCAGCCGUCUCUGGCCCAGCCAUCCCUGACGUUACAGAGUUUUCCUUACGGAGGCUGUGAGUCUGUGGAGCUCUCCUACCAGAGCGGUCAGUUCCAGGCGGGCCAGUUCCAGCCAGCUAUUCGAGUUGCAGAUCUCCUGCAGCACAUCACACAGAUGAAAUGUGGACAAGGAUAUGGGUUUAAGGAGGAAUAUGAGGCCCUGGCGGAGGGACAGACAGCACCUUGGGAGACGGCCAAGAAGGACGAGAACCGCAACAAGAACCGCUACGGCAACAUCAUCGCAUAUCCCACAGACGAUCACACCAGGGUCCGACUGCAGCUGCUGGAUGGAGACCCCCACUCCGACUACAUCAACGCCAACUACAUCGAUGGCUAUCACAGACCCAGACAUUACAUCGCAACACAAGGACCCAUGCAGGAAACGGUGAGGGAUUUCUGGAGGAUGGUUUGGCAGGAAAACUCGGCCUCUAUCGUCAUGGUUACAAAUCUGGUGGAGGUGGGAAGGGUGAAAUGUGUUCGUUACUGGCCGGAUGAGACGGAGGUUUAUGGAGACAUCAAGGUGACCCUGAUAGAAACUGAGCCUCUGGCCGAAUACGUCAUCCGGACAUUCACUGUUCAAAAGAAGGGCCACCAUGAGAUCCGUGAACUUCGUCAGUUUCACUUCACCAGCUGGCCGGAUCACGGCGUUCCCUGUUACGCCACGGGACUGCUGGGCUUCAUACGGCAGGUCAAGUUCCUCAACCCUCCGGACGCCGGACCCAUCGCGGUACACUGCAGCGCUGGUGCAGGGAGGACUGGUUGCUUCGUCGCUGUGGACAUCAUGCUGGACAUGGCAGAGAACGAAGGAGUGGUGGAUAUUUUCAACUGCAUCCGUGAACUGAGAUCCCAACGGGUCAACAUGGUCCAGACAGAGGAGCAGUACGUGUUUGUUCAUGACGCCAUCUUGGAGGCGUGUCUAUGUGGGAACACAGCGAUUCCAGUGUGCGAGUUCAGAGCGGUUUACUACAAUAUCAGCAGACUGGACCCACAGACCAACUCCAGCCAGAUUAAAGACGAGUUCCAGACGCUGAAUAUAGUGACACCUAGAGUCCGUCCAGAGGACUGCAGCGUGGGCUUACUGCCCCGGAACCAUGAUAAGAACCGCAGCAUGGACGUCCUGUCUGCUGACCGAUGUCUGCCUUUUCUCAUAUCUGUUGAUGGAGAGAGCUCCAACUACAUCAACGCUGCAUUAAUGGACAGCCACAAGCAGCCAGCAGCCUUCAUUGUUACCCAGCAUCCUUUGCCAAACACCAUGGGGGACUUCUGGAGGCUGGUGUUUGACUACAACUGCUCCUCCAUUGUCAUGCUCAACGAGAUGGAUGCAGCACAGUUAUGUAUGCAGUACUGGCCGGAGAAGAACUCGUGCUGCUACGGCCCGAUUCAGGUGGAGUUCAUAUCAGCGGACAUCGAUGAAGACAUCAUCAACCGGAUCUUCAGGAUCUGCAACAUGGCUCGGCCACAGGACGGUUACCGCCUGGUGCAGCACUUCCAGUUCAUUGGCUGGCCCGCCUACAGGGACACGCCCCUUUCCAAGCGCUCCAUCCUCCAGUUGGUCAGGAGGUUGGCCAAGUGGCAGGAGCAGUACGACGGAGGAGACGGGAGGACUGUGGUGCACUGCCUCACCGGAGGAGGACGUUCUGGGACGUUUUGUGCCAUCUGCAGCAUCAAUGAGAUGAUCCAGCAGCAGAACAUUGUGGAUGUUUUCCACACAGUCAAGACGCUGAGGAACAACAAGACAAACAUGGUGGAGACGAUGGAACAGUACAAGUUCUGCUACGAAGUGGCUUUAGAGGCUCUGAACUCCUUCUGAUCCGACGCCUCUCUGCUGCAGACGCCUCCCGUUUUCCUCAAAGCUACACUGAGACACACGGAGUGAAAACCAGCUGAGCUGAGCUCAACCUGGGAGAGCGUGUGUGCGCAUCCUUUUGGUGUGCCUGUGACCUGUACAGAGGAUGUGGGGGGGGUGGGGGGGGAGCCGCCAACAAACACACUCAUUGUUUUGUGUGUGCAUUUGCUUCAGCAAGACAAUGGACUUUACAUGCUUGUAUAAAGAGAAAUUAUGUUAAAUUGAGAUGUUUAAAAAAAAAAAAGGCAAUUUUUUCCCCUUUGUUUUCUUUCUCUCUCCUCUCUGCCAGGCUGUGAUGUGACUAAUGUACAGUAUUUCCUUUUUAGAUAUAUUCUACGCCUUGAAUGUUGUCUCCCUCUGAAGGCUCGAAGCACACUGGAAGAUUUUACAGAGUUAAAGUCAGGUUAAAAUUAAAGAAAUCUAAUUUUUUUAUAGCAUAUUUGCUCUUUGACCGAAACAAACUGUUACUAAUGCAACAAAAUUAGGUUUGCUAGUUCAGAAAACAAUAACUGCAGAACAUGGAUCUUACCUUUGAAGGCCAAAGCGACUGAAUUGUUUCUCUUUCUGGAUCAAUGAUGAAGUGAGUCUUCCAGUGUGCAUCCUCUCUUUCUGUAAAUAAGAUAAGGCAACCACAGUCAAACAAACAAACACCAGAACAAAAUUAUUUCGCUGCAGCUCUGAGAAGCUGUUUGUCAUUUUCAUUCAUUUAUAAUUUGGUGCGUUUUCUUUCUACAGCCUGUACAUGUGUGAAAAUAAGAUUUUUUUUUUUUAUAUUUUGCUUUUUCAGCUGCUGGAACAGGAUCCGGGUGCUUGAUUGUUACGUAAAAAAAAAGUUUCUUUUUCGAAAAGAAACUUGCGUCCAUCAAACUGUCGGUGAUGCAUUUGCAUGUGUGACACUUUGAGCUCAGCUGAGCAGCACUAGCCUGUGGAAAGGUGUAAAUAUGGAGAGAGGAAACCUUUUUCGCACUAUUUUUGCAAUGAAAGAUGGAUUUGAUCCAUUUAAGAUACGUGCUCACCAAGUCUGAUCAGAAAGAAAUUUACUCUGUUAAGUGUCCUUGAUUUCCAUCCAAUUAUUAAGCCAAGCCCCAAGGUUUAGAGGUGAAGCUUCAGUUCCAACCCUCCACUUUCUAAUCAUCAAAAUGACAAAGAUGUGCUUCACAUUUAUUUUUACUCUGCUAAAAGGAGAGCAGGUUUAACAAAUCUCUGACUUUGUUGGGUAGAAAAUUAUUUCAGCCUUUAAACCGAGAACCUACAUGAGGUCAAAUGUGGAUCUAAUGAGAAUUUUCCAGGUGGUGGAGACCGUAGGUUUCUGUUCCCUCCCGUUUAGUCGGAGGAUGGAGGAAACACACCCUGUUGGCUUUACAUACCAGGACACAGUAAAAAUGAUCUCAUCUUUACCAGGUUCUACGAUGAUACAAAUCUGUACAAAACAUGCAGUAGUCACCCACCUGCUAAAUGGGGAACGCAGCGUCACGCACACUUCUGCUAAUGCGCUAAUAGCAAAGCUAAUAUUCCUCAAGCAUUUUAGUCAGCUGUGAAAACAUUUUUCUGGAUAAAUUCUAAAGCUAAUUUACUUGCCAAUCUUCAGUUGAAUAAAGUUUGGGACUGUUACAAAUUCACUUUCAUUCUAUUGGCUGAGAGGUUGCCAGGCGACUGUGCCAAAAGGCAGUUCCAUGUUUCAUAAGCGAGCAGAGACUAAAGUCGUUUUCACACUGCAAGGCACGGAACGGCACGCUUCGGUCCGGUUCCACCCGUACUGCAGCCCUGUUGUGUUUGCAUAUAACUGAGGGCGCCAUCGAAGCUGAACCUGACAUUAUGUUUGAAACUAAACAAUGGUUUCGAUGCAGCGGCCGAAGCCUUUUCCUCAGAGAUGCGGCGGAAAACUUUCUCUUUCCUCGUUGACCAAUCUAGCUCAUUCUGUACUCGUUCUUCAGCGAGUAAGCGGAGGAAAAAAAUUACCUCAUCAUGGGACCAGGUAACAGCAGAAUAUUGAGGGGAAUUCAUUGCAAAUUAAAAAUAAUACAAAUAUUAAAAAGAGCACUCUUUACCAUAUACAGUACGAACAGUUUAGUGAGAGCCAGCCGGACCCGAUCACCGGCUGACUGCAAAACAACCAACGGCUGACUCUAAACCAAUCAGCGGUUGAUUCUAAGCAGCACCGGUUGGCCGGCCCGAUUGGAACCACAGCUCUUGUGGUGGUCGGUCCUACUUUGAAACCGGUCCUUGCAGUGCGAAAACGUGAGCGCAAGGAGAAGUUUUGAGUACAAGCGUUACAAGUUUUGUAAAGAAAGAUAUGAAGUCCUGCUUUCAAAAUAUAAAUGUAAGCAAAAAUAUUAAAAGUUUUGACAACAGAAGACAUGAAAUUCUGCUUUCUCACUGAAAAUGUGUGCUCUUGGAUUGUGACAGAAAAAUUCCCCCAUAUGACAGCAGUGAAAAACUUGAUCAACUUGAUUUAAUGAAAAACCUUCAGAAACAAAUUUCUACAAAUACAAUUAAACAGAAGCAACUUUGUAAGAAAGUAGCUGAGAAUUUCCUUCACAACACUGGAUGAUUACUGAAAUUAUUAGAUUAUUGGAUCUACUUUAACGUCUUCAUUCUGGCAUAUUUAUUUUGAUACCUUGAGGUUUUAGGGCGUUUUUAUAAACUUGAGGUCAGAUUUAAAUUGCGUGUAGACUGUAUUCGUUUUUCUUGUUUCCUGAAAUCUAAAACAUUAACAAUGAAACAGGGAUUUUCCUCCUAACCUAACUUUACCUUAAGCCUUUUAGAACCAGAAAGUAUAUAAUUCACUCCUGUGUUGGUUAUUUUGUUCAGAAAUGUCUCAUAACUGAACAACAAAAAUGUCCAUAAUCAAAAAAGCAUCAAAACAUGUAUAAAAUAAUACGACAGUCUUUGUUUACGUCCCCCUCUCCCACCCAGCUCGAGUCCAUUUGGACUUAUGGACCUAUUGAGACAGACUGGCAGUUCUAUACUGAAGACAGCGUGAAUGACAGAAAUCUUUAUCCAUUUUUCAUUUUUACAGAGGCUUUAUUUUACUUUAUGUGCUUGAUUCAUGACUCUUAACUUGUACUAUAUUUUAUUUCUGAUCCAUUCAUUGUGAGGUUUUGUCCUGAAUUUGUACAUUUAUUUUGUAAAAUUCUUACUCUGAUGAUUAUUUGUCAAGCAAAGUGCUGUUUAGAUCUGGUGAUGCCAUUUUCAUUGGUUGUUUAGUUGUUUGAAAUGUGGUUAACAGUAAAUAAAGGGACCAAAACACUGAA